GCAAAGCGGUUUAGCAAGUGUCCCUUCGGCCGCCCAAAGGGAGUAGCGCAAACGUUCCAAUUGCGACUGCCCCCCAGGGAGGUGGAGAGACGCCAGGCCCUGCCCUUGACUCUGCCGGGCCGCCCCUUCUCCGCUGGGAUCCAGAUGGCGGCGACGGUGACGCUGGAGCCUGCGGACCGCUGCCGCUGGGACGAGCCGGUGCGCAUGGUUGUGCGCGGCCUGGCCCCGGGGCAGCCGGUCACGCUGCGCGCGUCCCUGCGCGACGAGAAGGACGCGCUCUUCCGAGCCCACGCGCGCUACUGCGCCGACGCCGACGGCCAGCUGGACCUGGAGCGCGCGCCCGCGCUGGGCGGCAGCUUCACGGGGCUCGAGCCCAUGGGGCUCCUCUGGGCUCUAGAGCCCGAGAAGCCCUUGCUGCGGCUGGUGAAGCGGGACGUGCAGACGCCCUUCGCCGUGGAGCUGGAGGUGCUCGAUGGCCACGACCUGGAGGCCGGAGGGCUCCUUGGCCGGGCGGUGCAGGAGCGCGACUUCCUGGCGCCGGGGGUGCGGCGCGAGCCCGUGCGCUCGGGCCGGGUGCGCGCCACGCUCUUCCUGCCGCCAGGCACAGGACCAUUCCCUGGAAUCCUCGAUCUUUUUGGAAGUGGUGGUGGCCUUUGUGAAUACAGGGCCAGCCUCCUGGCUGGACAUGGUUUUGCUGUGCUUGCUCUGGCUUAUUUCAGAUUUGAAGACCUCCCUGAAUAUUUGAAUAAUGUGUGCCUGGAGUACUUUGAAGAAGCUGUGGACUUCAUGCUGCAACAUCCAAAGGUGAAAGGCCCUAGUGUUGGGCUUCUUGGCUUCUCCAAAGGAGGUGACCUGUGUCUCUCAAUGGCCUCUUUCUUGAAGGGCAUCACAGCUACUGUAGUUAUUAAUGCCUGUGUGGCCAACACAAUAGCUCCUCUGCAUUACAAGGAUAUGAUUAUUCCUAAUCUCAGCAGUGACCCAGGAAAAUAUAAAAUCACUGAGUCAAGCCUUUUGAAUUUGGUGGAUAUUUGGAACGACCCACUGGAGAAACCCAACCACCGAAGUCUUAUUCCAUUGGAAAAGGCCCAGGGACCCUUCCUGUUUAUCGUUGGCAUGGAUGAUCAUAGCUGGAAGAGUGAAUUCUAUGCUCAGAUAGCCUCUGAACGGUUACAAGCCCAUGGGAAAGACAGACCCCAGAUAAUCUACUACCCAGGAACUGGCCAUUGUAUUGAUCCGCCUUAUUUUCCUCUUUGUAGAGCCUCUGUACAUGCAGUUUUGGACCAACCAGUAUUCUAUGGAGGUGAGCCAAAGGCUCACUCAAGGGCACAGGUAGAUGCCUGGCAGCAAAUCCAAACUUUCUUCCAUAAACACCUCAAUGGUAAAAAAUCUGUCAAGCCCAGCAAAUUGUAACAUUGUAAUCAUAGACCAUAUACUAUUAAUAAAAAUCCUAGUCAUACAACAUGUAUUAGGUUUUCCAGAGCACCUAGGAACCUUUUUGUAACAAAGCAACCAUCUCAGCUUCCUUGUCAGGUCCUACUGGAUCCUGAGCCUUAGCAACACUACUCUCUUCACUGCUGGGUCCAUCCCUUUCUCCCCUGAACUUUUCCCAGUGUAUAGGCUUAACUCUGAUCUUAUCUGUAGGACCAGUCUUAACCUUAAGCAGGAAAAAUGUAAGAAGUGCCUGCCCAAGUCUCAAUUGCUGGCCUAGAUUUGGCCUUGUGUUCUGGUUCUGAGGACUGAGCUUUUGUACUAAGAGUCCCAUAUACUCUUUGGGUCCUAACUGACCAUGUCUGAACCUUGGGAACCUGCGUACUUGAGUCCCUUAAGGAAUGGAAUCUGCUUCAUUCUUGUUUCUGAACCCCACUCUGAAGACUGGGGGCAUUGACAUACUUAGUAUCCUAAGCUUUGCUUUUAUUUUAUGAAUGAGGCCCUAGACUUUGAUUUCUUCCUUACUGAUAAAGUGUCCUUUACAAAUUUUGAAUUUAAAAUUCAAAGGAUACUUUACAAAGUAAAAUUGAAUCCUUUACAAAAAAAUUGCUGUAAGCAAAACAGUUUAUUGAUGUAUACUGUUGAUAUACUUCCUCUGUAUUUACCAUUUGAAUUCUCAGUCUCGGUACUUGGCUACCUAGAGGAAUGCCUUGAUGCCAGUAGAUUUUCAGGACUUAAUCUUUGGAUGUCAGGUUAUACCUGACAAAUUAGACUUCCUCCUGGCACCAUCUGUUCCUAUUAUCUUCCUACUGGGAAGGACUGGGGUCAGUCUAUCUCAAUCCAUUGCCUUAUACUGGGCACUAUCUAGAUUCAUGAGACCAGAGCAGAGGGUCUUCCCUGAGUGCAAGAAUAUUUUUCUGAGACACAACACUUGGCUUGCUGGGCACAUACUGUCUUUCACCAAUUUGAGUCUAUUCAAGCAAAUGCCCAUUAGAUCUUAAUCUAAUGAGAAGGGUUCCUUAGAGGUAACUUAAUUUUGACCAAUUGUUAAAAAUACGUGUUGAAUGUAUUUAUUCACUAUGAGUAUAAUUUUCUGUGAUUUGAA